CUGUCAGCUGAACAGCAGCUUCAAGCGCACCUCGCUCCCCUGCAACAUCCAGAACUCCCGCGCUGCGUCCUCCGGGCGCGCUCUCGGGGCUGUGUGGGGGAAGGGCUCAAAGAUGUCUAACUCUAAAAAGAAGCAGAGGUUAGGAAUCGUGACCCCCUGAGAACCCUUGGAUUCUGAUCAAAUGCCUCGAGAAGUCCAGCUGCAAACAGCAGCUCAGCAACUCCUGUGAUCCUGUCACCUUCGCCUUCCAAAUUCACGGCUCCGGUCCAAACAUUUUCUUGCCACAGCUUGUGCCACGAAUGGCUACCCAGAGGAAACACUUUGUGAAAGAUUUCAAUCCCCAUAUCACCUGUUGUAUCUGUAAAGGAUAUCUUAUCAAACCAACUACAGUAACUGAGUGCCUCCAUACUUUUUGUAAGAGUUGUAUUGUGCAGCAUUUUGAAGACAGCAAUGACUGUCCCAGAUGUGGCAAUCAAGUGCAUGAGACCAAUCCAUUAGAAAUGUUACGGCUGGAUAACACAUUAGAGGAAAUUAUAUUUAAGUUGGUUCCAGGACUUCGAGAACAGGAACUGUACCGUGAGGCAGAAUUCUGGAAGAAAAACAAACCUCAAGAAAAUGGAGAAGAAAAUCCAAAAUCUGAAAAUCCCAAAGAUGAUGAAGAUGGAGAUGAAAAUCAAGAGGAUAAAGACUAUCACAGGAGUGAUCCGCAGAUUGCUAUUUGUCUGGAUUGUUUACGCAACAAUGGGCAGUCAGGGGAUAAUGUAGUAAAAGGAUUGAUGAAGAAAUUCAUCCGGUGUUCUACGCGAGUGACUGUAGGAACUAUCAAGAAGUUUCUCAGUUUAAAAUUAAAACUUCCAAGUUCUUACGAGCUGGAUGUACUAUGCAAUGGGGAAAUCAUGGGGAAGGAUCACACUAUGGAAUUCAUCUAUAUGACACGAUGGAGACUACGAGGCGAAAAUUUUCGGUGUCAGAACUGCUCAUCUUCCCAAGUCUGCUCACAGGAUGGCUCUCUUUAUCAGUCUUACCCCAUGGUACUCCAGUAUCGACCCAGAAUUGACUUCGGUUAGACCAAAGGGCCAGAUCCCACUGAGAUUAAUCCUGCACUAUGUUUACCCAUCGACAGAUUGCACAAUGAAUGGAUGUGCCUGGAUUGGGGGGAUACAACCAGAAUUUCAGCAUGCAAAUAUGGACUUUUUCUUCAGUUCAUCAACUAUCUCCCCUGCCCCGCCCCCGUUAGAGUAAGCCAAGUGCCAUUCUGCUACUGAAACAUUCAUGCGAUAUUUGUGGCAUCAAAGACUGCAAAUUGUAGCCAAAUUGUUAAAUGUAUAGUCAAGAGUCUGAAUCUCUGGAAUACUUGCUUUGCCUGUUAGAAACCUUCACUGGUCCAUAACAUUGAUUUUACAUUAGCAGAGUGGCCAUCUGCUCUUUCACAUGUGGUGUUGCAGUUGCUGUUUUUCACAUUUACUAUUUUACUGAAAAAUGUUGUUUAAAAGAAGUACUGUAUAAAAGGUUAAAGCUAUACCUUUAAAAAUAUUUUGUACAUAAUAUAUGUUUGAGAAAUGUGGUUAGUGUGCCACUACCUUUUUCUUGUUCAGUUCCUCAUAGGUCCAGGUAUAGCUCACUCAUUAGUAUGCAGCAGUCUUUUUGCAGCAUCUAAAAAUUUAGAUUUUGUGUCAGAGAAGUUCCAUGCAAUUGGUCUGUAUUGCCCUUAAAUGGUAUAAUGUCUCAUAGUCUCCCUUCCGUAAUGUAUAUGACUUAGAGUUUCGAUUUGGAGAAGUAGCAAAUCAGCACACAUGCAGCAGGUAAGGUUAUUUUUUAAAAAAAGACUACAACAUGGUAAUUUGUUUAAGUACAAGAAAAAACAGGAACUGUCAUGUAAAUUUUAAUGUAAAAGACAUUCUUUUUUAAACUGUUGCUAUUGCAGGCUUUCCAUUGAAAAUUUCAUUCUCCCCCUUAAAUAUUGCUAACUGUACAGUAAAGAAGAGGGUUGAAAUUGGUGGUGCACUGGUUUAGGGCCCAUGGGCAUAAGUAUGCUUUUGCAUUAUUUUAACGUAUUUCAGUAAUACGCAUCAGCAUACUCAAUGCACCAAUUUAACGGCAUCGCAACCACAUUCUCUGGUUAACUGGAAUAUAGCUAUUGCAGAACUGAUUGUCACAUCUGAAACUGACGUAGAUUUAAUAUGGUUGAUAAAGCUAUCUGACCAAAUACUCCUGGCUAUUCAGGAUUGUUGUUUUUGGAAGAAGCUGUGGUGUCACAAAAAUGUUGAUGGUUGCCUUAGAUAGCGUGUGCAUUCCUUUUUGUUAAAAAAAAAAAGUUGUGUUACGGAUAUCAUUACAGAGGUCAUGAUAUAUAUUUUUCUGUCUUCCAUUACUUUUGUGCAGUUAAAAGCUUAAAUUACAAUAUAGUUCAAUAAUCUGUACAGCUCCUAAUAAACAGUUAUUUUUAAAGUAAAUUACAUACCAUAAGUAAUUCACUUUAGAAAGCUAUGGUGUAAUUAAUUAAAUUUAGGAAUCUAUGAAGAACAAAUACUGCAGAUCUAGCUUGUAAAGUAGGAGAAUCUAAAUUGAAAGCUUACUUACCAGAAGAGUAACUUCUAGAGCAGUUACUUCUAGAAAACUAUUGUGAUACUUGCACAAGACCAAAACCCAAACUUGCUCUUCACAGACCACAUGCCCAAAACAUAAUCUGCUAAAUGUUGUGGGCACAGUGCAGGAGGACCACUGCAUAUUCCUCCUGUGUUAGAUGCAGUAGCUGUUUGAUACAAAUAGCUACUUUGGCUCAUGUAAGUGCUUGCACCUGCCCAGUUAUUUCUUUCCCCUUUGAACAGUUGACUACCGUUCCAUUGCCAUAUCAAAAACUACUUUUUAGAUUUCUUUCUGUUUCCAAAGCUGUUGCUACAUGGUAUUUGAGGCUAGUGCUGGGAAACAGCAAGUCUUCAGCUCCCUUGGAUUCAUGGAACUAGUUAUUUCAAACUUAGCUAGAGAUUUUUUAGUUACUUACACACAUACACACACACAUUAUAUUACAGAAGUAUACACAUAUAUACACACGCACACAUACACACAUUUUAUUACAGAUACCUGCUUCUAUACACACAUUCGCUUUUAUAAAGUAGGGGCAAAUUUCCUUUAGCAUUGUGUUUCAUAAGAGUUCUUUGGACAUCACCUUGAAGCACUGGGGGAAAGAUAUGUAAGUGAUUUUUGUAUUUCCUUCCAUGGUGCUGGAUAACAUCCAAAGAAUCAGUGCAUGUCACCACUUUAGAUGUUACCCAGAAGCUUAGAAUUAAAUGCACAAGCCUUACUUUUCAGGACAUCUGCACCUAAAGAACUCUCAGUACAGAUCAACAAACUACAAUGACUUAAUUGAAAUUCCUGAAAUCUUUGCCAUUACUAUUUGAAAGAUCCUUCAGCAGGCAUGGCUGCUUCAUUAGUAUUGAGACUAUUCUGUUAGUGCAACUGAUGAUAUGGAGGAGACUCACUCAGUUCUAGUAACAAGUAUCAAUUUCUUUUCUCGUAUCAGUGUUCUGCUAAGGUGAGCAUUGCUACAAAUUUUACAUGUAUACAAAUAUAAAACACAUUUAUUUUUACAAAUGAAAUAUGUAAAAUGUAUUUCUGAACUAUUUUCAGAUUUCCUGUGCAAAAUGAGCAGCUGAACCUUUUGUUUGACUCAUGAAAGGAAAUGUAACAUUUAAGAGCUUUAAUCCAACUGACAAAAAACCUUCUCAAACUAUUUUUAAUAUGUUUAAUUUAACACAUUUUGUCCAAAUCUCAAAAAUCUAAUAAUCUACAUAUAAUCUCCUUGUACAUUAGAAACCUGGCUUUUUACAGUACAGGAAAGGCCAUGCAAAAACAAGCAUUUAGAGUCUAAAUACAAAAAACUUCCAAUAUCAAUUCAUUGAGCUCCCACAUGUUUCAGACUGAGAACCAUCACCUAUUCUGUGUUUUAUAACAUUUUGUAACCUUGGUCAAAGAGAGCAAAUAUUUUCCACUUGGAAAAAAGCAUGGAAAUCCAAGACAGACUUGUCAGCUGUGAAACUGAGAGCCUUAAAAUGUUUCUUGCACAUGUAACCUCCUUGUGGCUUACAACUUUGCAUUUCUGGUACAGUUGCAUAGUGCCUCUACACAGUUGGUUGGAUAAUUGUCGAAAGGCCAACCAACUGCAGAUGUGUUCUUACUACACUUGAUAGAGAAUUCUACUAUUUGAUUGCUCCUAAAGAAAAAAAAAUUGUGCACCAAGGAAAAAAAAUAAGACAAGAGACUAAUGGAACAUAAUCAGACUUUUUUGUGCCAGAGAACAGUUACUUAAAUGAAGACAUUAAUUGUUCACCAAAGCUGUACAGUGGAUAUAGAGAUUUCCAUUGCAAGCCAUAAAACAAAACUUGGGGUGGGCAUUGCUAUCUGCUCUGGUCCUGUGACCCUGGCAUUGCUUGUGGCUUUUCAAUGCAAAGUGGGUUCUGUACCACUAAGCUAUGGGUAGUUAUAGAUCAGUGGUAGAAAACAUACUUUGCCUGCAGAAAGUCCCAGGUUUUAUCACUGGCAUCUUCAGCUAAAAGGAUUUUAGGGAGCAGGUGGUGGGAAAGACUCCUUUGCAUAAGACUCUGGAGAACUACUGACAGUCAGAAUAGACAAAUAGGCUGGCCUGGUAUAAGGAAUCUUUUUAUGUUCUUUGAAAGAGAAUUGCUCUGUGUACAUAAAGCUAUUUCCCAUGGCUGGGCAUUUUCCUCUCACGGAAGAAAGCAGAAAGCAUUGGAUCUCGCCCUAAGCUUUUGAAGCUGCUGUUUUGCAUGCUCUUUCCAAAGAAUUGCAAUAUACUGCUGUGCCUGCAGGGAAACGGUGACUAGUAAAGUUUAGGAUCCCUAUAAGGCAUGGGGUUACCAAGGGAUCCCUAUGACAUGGGGUUACAUAUGUAGAUUGUGUUGGCUGGAUUGAAGCAGUGGACUUUAACUUGCAUGCUAAUAUCUUAGAUUUGUCUCUCUUGCACAAGUUUUUGCUUCCUGCUGAUGGAAUUUCAACUAGCUAGUAAUAUAUAUUCAGUUUAGUUCUCUGCCAAAUGAUUUACUUUCUUUUUUGGAUGAUAUCCAGCCUCAAAUGUCUGUAUAAUGCAAUUCUGUUAAAUAAAUUAGCAAAACAUAUGUAGUGUUAAACAUUCAGUUUCCCAAGUUUAAAAAGCUCAUCCUUCAAAACCCAUUAUUCAAGUUGUUUACACAAAAAGUACUUUGAAGAUUGUGCAGGAGGGGUCAUCUUGUACAUCUUGGGGUAGAAAUGUAUGCUGCCUCUAUAGUAAAAAAGGAAAAAACAGUAUAAAUUUCUAUGGCUAUUCUUGAUUCUUGCCAAAGCAAAGUGUUAUUGCAGGGUGACAAUCAUCCAUCGUGCUUUUUCUUGGAGCAUCUUUUAUGAAUAUAUGCUCUAGAAGCACAGUUUAGUAGAUGACAAGAAUAAAAUAAAUCCAAGGGGCAAGAGGAGAACAGCAUAUGUAGUUUGUAUGUAUUUCCUCAAGGUAAUGAGUGACAGGUAGGAUUAGUAAUUUAAGAAAGACACAAAAAGCAAGAAAUAUUUCCAGAAUGCCUAAUUGCUUACUGAAGUUCAUAUUGAUUAAAAAAAAAAAAAGAUGACACUGGACCGAUUCUUAUGUCACAUUAAACCAGGGUUCCAGAGGAUCCUGGUUUAUCGUGCUUGAGGAAGCACAUACUGAUUAAUCGUUCCCGUUUGGUUCCUCUUACAAGUGGGAGGGGCUAAACAAAUCACAGACUUGCUGUCUGGGGUUUGUUUUUCAUGAAGUCUAAUGCAGAAAUUCUGGCUUGUCUUUUCCCAAACAAGCCAGAAUCAUAAACUACAAACUCUGGUUUAUUUGUUGGGAAACAUCAGAAUGCCUGGUUUGGACAUUGUGAUAACCCAUGGAUGGGCGGGGGUUGAGGGCAGGAAUUGUUUAGCCAUUCCCACUUGUAAGACGAGCCAGGUGGGAAUCAUCCGGCAUUGUGUACUAGUACACUAGCUCAUCACAAUCAGCUGGAUUCUCCAGAAUCCUGGCUUAUCGCAGUGUGCAAACCUGGCUGCUAAGCUGCUCACUAAAAAAGGUAAUAUUUCCAGGAGGUUUAUUACCCCUAGGGAUAGAAUUAAUCUCUAUUGAGAACUGUAGUUUUUAGUUUGUUGUUGUAGUCUUCACAUUAACAAUUACUUUACAUGUUGAAUUGUGCUUGAAGGAUUUUGAGUUGCUUCAAAAUUGGCCCUGCAACCAUUUUAUGUUUUUUUUAAAAAUUUCUCUUUUACAGAAAUCACUUUUUUUCAUAAUAUAGCAUUUAACUGGAUUUAAAGCAAACACCCUAUUGGUUGCCACCUACUAGGUAUUUUCUAGCACCAAAGGUUAGUCAGCCAGAAAGCACCAUGAAAUGCAAAACAGCAAAGAAGUUCUGAGUAAUGCCCACUUACAUUAAAAACAAAAAAAGGACAAAGGCUUUUGUUUUCAGUACUGAUGGCUCUGCUAUACCUGCCCAAUGAACCAAAAAUUAAGUGCACUGUCGAUCUUGUAAAUCUACAAAGCACAAAAUACUGACCAAAUUAAUUUCAGCCUUUUUAAAAUAGCUGUGAAGUUUAAAUACAGUAUCUUUUGAAGAUAUUUGACAAGGUAUUAACAUUCAUUUUACAGAUCUUUGUAGUAUUUAUUUUCUUUUUUAGCAAAAUGCAUUGCUUUCAGUAAUGUCUGCCCUAUGAAUGAGCAAAUAAGGCAACACUGUGAUGCAUUAUAUGUAAUAUAGGCCAUUUGUUAUGUCUUUUCCAGAGUAGUUACCUUUUAAAAAACCUUUAAAAACACUGAAUUAUACAAUUUGCCUCCUAGAUUAGCACUUGAAUUAUGUGAUCAUUUUCAAAAAUAGAAAACAACCAAAAAUUCAUAGUUUUCCCUACCCCUAUCCUGGCACACAAUCAGCUGUUAAAAAGAGAAACUAUUAUGUGUUUUUAAAAAUAUACAUAUUCCAGGUAAAUGCUGGAGGAGAGGGACUAUGGCUGCAUUCCUAUGCACACUUACCUGGGAGUAAGCGCCACAGAACUCAGUGGGACUAACUUCUGAGUAAAUAUGCACAGGAUUGACUUAAGUGCCCUUACAUAAGAUGUGAUCCAAGUAGUGACGAGAGGCGUGUGACAUGAAUAAUAAUUCUACACUUCCUUUUAUCUGAUUUGUGAUUAACAGUUUGUAUUUUAACAGCUCUUGCAAUAUGUAAAGAUCUUAAUGCAUAAUAUCCCACUGCUAAUUUUCUUUUAAAAUAUGAAACUUUUAAAGCUUUUUGUCAGAAGUGGUAACAUCUUAUUUUUAAAAAAACCUUUUUGUGGUUGUAAAUUUUAGCUUAUGAAUCAUUCAAAUUGAAGUGAAAAAUAACACCCAGGUCAUUAUUAAUGACUUAUUAGUCUAUCCUACUUAUUAAGAAUAUAUGUAUUUUUGUAAAAGAAAUGCACUUGUAAAUAUUUAAUCUGUCUGUUACCUAUGUUUUGUUUUGGGGGAAAAUGCUGCUGCUUAGGGAAUCACCUAAAUAUUUUCAGUUUUGCGCUCAAAUGGUUUUUCUUUGCAUUCAUGGCAUGUUCAUUCUGUACAUCAUUCUGUACUGACUAGUUACAACUGGGCUAAAUGCAUUUUAUAUCUGGACAUAGCCAAGUGUGUAUGCCACAGAGUCCCUCAUUAAAUCUACCUGAAGGCAAUAUACAUUGGUGCUGUGUUUUCAUCUUUGAUAUUAGCUCCCUUCUGCCUUAACAACAUUCCUACUUUUGUCUACAUGUUAUAACAAAGUUCUAAUGUCAUUGUGAAGGUCACAUUCCAGAGUGAUGUAUCAAUGGAAAACUUAUUUUCCAUUUGCAGCUUAUGAUAGGGUUGCCAGCUUUUAAUUUUGGAAAAUACUGGCCUCUCCUGCAGAGCCAGAAGACAAAGUUAGAGCAAGCAGAGCUGAGGCAAAAUCUAGUGAGUUGGGCAGAGCUUGGAUGAAUCUAGCAGGGCAGAGAAGCCAAUGCAAGAUGGGGCAUGGAGGAGACCGUGGGUCAUGAAUUUGAGGCUGGUAGGCUUUGAAGUCAUUUGGCUUUUUGGUGUCUUCUACUAAAUAGCUGACUGAAGACACUUUUACUGGUUGGUCCAGUAAAGUACUGGACCAACCAGGCUUAUAAAACAUGUUGUCUUAUCCAGUCAAUAGUUGACAAAUGAAAAACAAAACACAAAGCAUGAUAAAUAAUUUGAAUAAAAAAAUAUUUCACAGUGCAGGGAGGGGUGGGUGGGUUGUAUACCUGCAUAUUUUGAAAAGCUGUUCCCUAGGAAACUGCUGUUGGAACAUUCAAGGUUUUGACUGCAAUUCAUGAGUGACUAAUACAAAGCGGGGUUCCUUCUCUUAAGAGACUUGUGUGGGGGUGGGCAGGGGGUGGGAAACAGCUUCAGAUAUAGCAUUAAAACCAGAACUAGCCACUGGAAAUUGUGCAGUAGCUGAAACCUGUUCUCUUUUUAAUGGUUCUUUUUGACCCAGCUAUUGGCCACUAAUUAACCUCCAAUGCAGAAAGCGGCAAGAAAUGCACAACUCUGGGACUGAGUUUAAUGGUCAGGUUCUGCUUUCAGAUAAUUUUCUGAUUUGGAGAUUUUGCCUGAUCUGGAUCCCCUUAGUUGAGCUCCAUACAAAACUACACCAUCUCUUCAAUAGAAAUAUAGUGGAUUUGAACCCAUGUGGCUGACUUAUCUUCAUUCUAAGUGCUGUACAUUGAAUGUGUCAAUGUUUUAACACUGAUUAUUACUCUCAAUGGCAGAAUUCAUAGUUUUCAACCAUCAAAAGUGAACUUGAAACUGUUUAAUGUAUAUUGGGACAUUUUGGGCUUUAGUCACUUUUCCUGAGGUGAUACUGCAUUUAAUUAUGGCCAAUAUUUUUUGCUACUACAUGUCGUUUUGAAGUCCGCUUUGUAUCUGAAGUUAAUACCAGUAAAAUAUAGAGUAGCAUGUGAAUAUCCUAAAAAGUUUGCUAAAGCAUACUGUUAUAAACAGCCUUGAAAACAAGCCCACAAAAGGUUCCAGUUCACACGAAUCUGUGCUCUUCCACUUAACCUAUUUUAGUAAUUCCUGGCAUAUAUUUAUUUAUUUUAUUUUAUUUGUCACAUUUAUAUACCGCCUCAUAGCCGAAGCUCUCUGGGCGGUUUACAAAAGUUAAAAACAGUAAACAUUAAAAGUAUACAAAAUAGAUGGCAUAAGUAGUGGGGGAGACCACGUUUCUCCUGCAAGUCAUCACUUCCAAAAUGGUGGGAGGUGAUUCAUACUUUCCACACAGCCAGGUGAGUGGUCAUUUUACAGGCCUGUUAUUAUAUUACGUGUUACUUAUUCAUUUUAAAUACAGUGAGUGUGUUUCAAAUUGUGUGUUCAAUGCUAAUAUCAAGGAUGUCCACAGCAUCACUGUAAUGUAAUGGUCACCACAUCCUGGACAGUCUGUAUGCUACAAUGUGCUUCUAGCCCAGUUGGAUAAAGCCCUAUUAAAAAAUAAAGUUGAGCAAGUUGUAUAACCAAUUUGCGUAUUAGCACUGAAUUGCUGCUUUCUGAAAGCAAUAAAUAUAUUCAUGUUGUAACAUCUGUUGUGCAGCCUAUGAUAAGAGGCAUUUUGUUGCACUUUUGUUUUCUAUAUAAUUUAUUUUGUUCUAUAAAAAGAAUUCUUUGGUUCAUCUGAAAA